GCCCCAUUUCUUCUCGACCCACCUCGCCUAUUCGUUACACAUGAAUGUUGCGCAACCUGUUGAACAGGCUGCGACAGCUGUUCCGCAGUGUUAAACGACAACAAACACAUUGGACUAACAAAGACUGUAACGGCAAGAUGGCGGCUCGUGUUGUCCUCUUGGUUUCUGCCCUUGUUUACGUCGCCAUGUUGUCGCAUUCCAAUGCUCAGUGCCCCACAGGAGUCCCCCUGGUGGACGUCAAGGGGGAAGAGUAUUUCUGUGGGAGGGGUCCACAUUCCCGGGAGUGUCCAGAAUUCAGCGAAUGCCACAUUGACCCGGGGGACAGAUUCGCUGUGUGCUGCCUUGUCUGAGGUUAUUGUGACCAAGGGUACAAAUAAAAGUUGUCCGUUGUAAGAA